GCAAGUUGCAGGCGUUUGAGCGGAGCUCCCUGCUGCCUGCUGUGCACCAGCGGCGCUCACUGCAGUUUGGACGCCUGUAUUGGUGGCAGAGCGGUGUGGUAGAGCCAGGGAGUGCGAUCGGACCGCACAAAGCAGACGCUGGUCACAGUCGGGCGGCAGUUCCAAGCGUCACCACUCCUGCCCGCUGCGCGCACCAGCAGUGAGCAGGCACCAUGGCCGAGAAUGUGGAAACGCACGGCAGCACACCCAUGUUCGCCAUCUUCCUGCUGAGCAUGUACUCGCUCUUCCUCAUCCCCAUCACACUCUGGAGGCUGUCUGGCGGCGAGGGCGAGGACGCCGAGGUGGUCAAGACUUGGUCCGCCAGCAAGGGGGGCAAGGGGGAGAAGAAGGCGGGGCUGGUGGCGCACCUGCGAUCCGUGUGCACCACCCGCAUGCUGCUGGCCUGGCUGGCCUGGGCGCUGCUGCUGUGGUAUGUGAAGCACAGCAUGGGGCAGGUGGAAAACUUCGACCCUUUCCAGAUCCUGCAGGUACCGCUGGACGCCACGGACUCCGAGAUCAAGAAGGCGUACCGCAGGCUGUCACUGCAGUACCAUCCCGACAAGAACCCAGAUCCCAAGGCACACGCCUACUUUGCUACCUAUGUCGCCAAGGCUUACAAGUCGCUGACCGACCCUGUAUCUCGAGAGAACUAUCAAAAGUAUGGUCACCCAGACGGCCCCCAGGCCAUGACAGUGUCUGUGGCGCUGCCUGAGUGGUUCUUUUCAAAGGACAAGCAGACAGCCCCGCUGAUACUGCUGGUACUGCUGUUUGGCGGCAUCGUCACGCCGCUGGGUAUCGCGGCGUGGUACCUGAUGAGCACACAGAAGUACGUGGGCCCCAACCAGCUGAUGGAGGAGACGCUGGCGCUCUUCCUGGACCCGCGGUACGGCAUCAAGGCAUCCCAGGCGCUGGGGCGCAUCCCCGAGACGCUGGUGUGCGCCAUGGAGUUCAUCCAGCUGGCCACCCCGCCGGACCAGGGCCCCGCCAUGGACGAGCUGCGCAAGGCGGUGCUGCGGCUGCAUCCGGAGCUCAAGGACAAGGGCGCCUUCUGGAAGCGGCGCACCUCGGUGCUCAAGCCCAGCUACGGCUGGCUGACGCCGGCGGUGGGCUGCAUCGAGCUGAUGCAAUGUAUGGUGCAGGCGGUACCACUGGCCUCCAAGAAGGCGGCCCACGUGGGCAAGUCGGGGGAGAGCGCCGCCGCCUUGCUGCAGCUCCCACACUUUGACGGCGAGCUGCUGCGCAGGCUGGCGCGCAAGAAGGUCAAGACGUUGCUGGAGCUGCAGCAGCUGUCGGCCGAGGAGCGCCAGGCGCUGCUGGUGGGGUGCGGUCUGGCGGCGGGAGAGGUGGAGGAGGUGGAGACGAUGCUCUCGGCCAUGCCCACGCUCUGGGUGUCUGCGCAAUGUGUGGUGGAGGCGGAGGAGGUGGAUGAUGAUGUGGUGCUGGAAGGGGAUGUGGUGACGUGCCGGGUGCAGGUCAUGCUGACGCGGCCCAGCCACAUGGCGGCCGCCUUUGACUCAGACAGCAUCAAGGGCAAGGGCGCCCUGGCCUACGCUCCACGGUAUCCCACCCCCAAGGAGGAGCUGUGGUUCUUCAUGCUGGCAGACCCGGCGGCGAACACAUCCAUGGUCAUCUCAAAGCAGAACCUGCUGCAGGCGGAAGCCAUCGGCGCGCGCUACGCCGCCAACUGGAGCGCCCGCCACAACACCAGCGCGGUGGCCAGCCUCACACGCGGCGGCGGCGGCGGCAAGGCGGGCUGCGGCAAGGCAGGCGGCGGCGCCGCCGCAGCCGCCGCUGCCAACCCUCUGCUAGCGGGCACCAAAUUCGAUCCGUUUGGCGCGAACGGCGGCGAGGAAGCUCUGGAGUCCAGCCUCGAGGAGCUGGGUCAAACGUUUGACCUUGCUUUCAUGGCACCGCUGGCUGCAGGCAAGUACGACCUCCAGCUGCUCUGCAUGCCAGACUCGUGGGUCGGAUGCGACCGGGCGGUGCCCAUCAAGCUCAAGGUGGAGGCAGCCACGCGGGCGGACCGAGAGGGGCGGGGCCGCCGCGCGGCGCUGCAGCGCACAGAAGAGUCAGAGGCGCUGAUGCGGGGAGACGGAUCAGACCUGGAGUCGGAUGCCGGGCAGGAGGAGGAGGAGGAGGAUCGGGAGGCCUACGAUUCCGACGAGUACGGUACCGAAGAGUCGGGGUCCGACGACGGCGAGAGUACCGCCUCCGAGGAGGACUGAAGCCGAGCAGAAGCUGAGCAGAAGCUGGGGUGAAGCUGGUAUAUAUUGUAUGGCGCCGCCACCGCAACCAGGACUGAUAGCUUUCAAGCCAGCCCACCAAGCUGCAGCUGUGCAGGAUUGCUGACCAUCUGGUGGAAAGCCCGCCGGCAGCCCAUCCAGGCGGCCAGCGGCGGCGGCUGGGCCGCCCUGCUUUUGGCCAUCUGUCGGCGGCGGUGUUUUGUAGCAGCACCUGGCAGCCAGCGAGCUGCGCUCUCUUUCCGUCUCUCUCUCUUAUAGUCUCUUUCUCUCUCUAGGGGAGGAGGUGGGGGAGUGUUCUACGCUUGCACCGUGCAAAUGGCACACAGAC